AAUAGAAAACCGCCAAAAAAAAUCCGGGUAUCUCCCCGCGGCGCCUACAUUCAUGAUUCAUUCAUUGGACAGCAGCUUCCGUUUCCCUGCUCAUCUCCAAAUCUGUCGUACCUUUACUCAAACACUCUAUCAAAAUCCAAAUCUCUCUCUCUCUCUCUCCCCUAAAACACAUGAUCGCCGCUAAUUCUCCGCUCAAUUCCGCAAUCCUCACCCUCCGCACCGCCGACCCGACCCGAAAGCACUGCUCUUUCGAGCCCCUGUGUUCCAGCAACCACCUAAGUUUUAGCUCCUCCGAGCGUGGGUUGUGCAUCACUCGGACCCGGAUGGACUUGCUCCGCCGAUUUGUUACCGGAGGAUGCGUCCGUGACCCCGAUCGCCAGGGGAUAAAGGUGGAGAUCGAUAGCGGCGGCAAAGAUGUAUUUGCCGCCGACCCCAAGGGCAGCGGCGUGCCGGAACAUCUAGUCAUAAUGGUCAAUGGAAUCAUCGGCAGUGCUUCAGACUGGAGAUACGCCGCAGAUCAGUUUGUGAAAAAGCUUCCUGAUAAAGUAAUUGUGCACCGUAGUGAAUGUAACUCUUCAAGACUGACAUUUGAUGGUGUUGACUUGAUGGGUGAGAGGCUAGCUGAAGAGGUAUUAGCUGUCGUCAGAAAGAGGUCUGAGGUGCGGAAAAUAUCUUUUGUGGCUCAUUCCUUGGGGGGUUUGGUUGCAAGGUAUGCCAUCGGAAGGCUGUACAAACCUUUUCCAAAAUCAGAACCCUCGGGUCAAAAUGGUAAUUGUGUAAUUGAAGGGCAUACAAAUAAGUUGACACAAUCCAUUGACCAGCCUCACCAUGGUACAAUUGCUGGACUGGAAGCAAUGAACUUUAUAACAGUCGCAACACCACAUCUUGGUUCAAGGGGAAAUAAACAGCUCCCUUUUCUCUGUGGUCUUCCUUUUCUCGAGAGAAGAGUUUCUCAAACUGCACACUUUAUUGUUGGGAGAUCUGGGAAGCAUCUCUUCCUAACAGACGAUGAUGAUGGCAGACCUCCUCUUCUUCUUCGAAUGGUUAACGACUGUGAUGACCUAAAAUUCAUAUCGGCUUUACGUGCAUUUAAGCGCCGUGUAGCAUAUGCUAAUGCAAAUUAUGAUCAUAUGGUUGGGUGGAGAACAUCAUCAAUCCGGCGUCAAGAUGAACUUCCAAAGUCCAAUCUACUUGUAACCAAUGAGAGAUAUCCACAUAUCGUAUAUAUCAAGCGAGAAACUUUUGAUGAUAUUCAUAUGAAAGCUUCUUCAUCUGCUCAUGACGUAAAAAUAGACUUGGAAGAGGAGAUGAUUAGAGGUCUUACUCAGAUACCUUGGGAACGUGUGGAUGUCAGCUUUCAAAAAAGUACACAACGAUACAUCGCUCAUAAUACCAUUCAGGUGAAGAGCUAUUGGUUGAAUUCUGAUGGUGCGGAUGUGGUUUUCCAUAUCAUAGAUUACUUCCUUCUCUAAGGGCUUGUAGAAGUUUUUAUUUUUUAGUUUUUCUGAUUGGCGAUUCAACAACGGAUUAGACUGCUACUUUAUUGUAAUUUUUAUCAUUUAUAAAGCUUAUCAGGUACAUUGCCCACCUUGAAGGUAAUGUGAUGUAUAUUUGACGUCAAAUGUAAAUGCAGAGAUGUGUAAUUUUUCA